AUGAAACGGUCCGACGAUGCAGAAAAGACACUGCACAACCAGGAGAACAUCCUUCCGACAGCUCAGCUGUUGGUUGUCUUCGGGGUGCUGGCGCUAGUCCUCUGCGUCUGCUUCAUGGAUCAGAAUGGCAUUUCCGUGGCUCUUCCUACCAUUGCCAAGGAUCUAAAUGCACAAGAAACAAUCUCAUGGGCAGGGACGUCUUCCUUGAUCGCCAAUACCGUCUUCUCCGUCCUCUACGGAAGACUGUCCGACAUCUUUGGCCGGAAGGUUAUCUUCUUGUCAGCAUGUGCCCUUCUUGCGCUCGGUGAUCUACUAUGUGGCCUCGCCCAGGACCCGGCGAUGCUGUACGUCUUUCGCGCAGUGGCCGGGUUGGCUGGAGGCGGAAUCACCAAUCUCACCAUGAUCAUCGUCUCCGAUGUCGUGACCUUGAAGGACCGUGGCAAGUUUCAGGGUAUCUUGGGAGCCUGUGUGGGAUUGGGCAACGUGGCUGGACCAUUCGUUGCGGCUGCAUUCAUUGAGAACACGACCUGGCGUGCCUUCUUCUAUCUUCUUGCUCCCUUGGUGGCAUUGUGCGGCGUAGCAGCAAUGUUUCUCUUGCCGUCAACCGCUCCGGCCGCGGGCUUCCUAGAAAGCGCACGGAAAAUCGACCACUGGGGCACGUUGACCUCUGCCGUCGCCGUGAUCUUUCUCCUUGUUCCCAUAUCUGGGGGAGGAGCGUAUUUCCCCUGGGCUUCGCCUAUGGUAAUCGCCAUGCUUGCAAUUGGGAGCUCUGCUUUGGUGUUGUUCGUGGGGGUUGAAUGGAAGGUGGCAAGUCUGCCAAUGAUGCCGGUUCAAAUUUUCGGCGAUCGAGUCGUCGCUACACUUCUGGCGCAAAGUUUCUUGCUGGGCUGGGUGUAUCAGUCAUACCUGUAUUACCUCCCCAUGUACUAUCAGAAUGUCCGAGGCUAUAGCGCUGUGACUUCCGCGGCACUCACCAUCCCCAUCAUGGCCACGCAAGCGGUUGCGUCCAUUGUCUCGGGCCAAUAUAUGUCCCGGAGAGGCCGUUACGGCGAGGUUCUCUGGGUCGGAUUUGGCGCGUGGACUCUGGGCUCCGGCUUGACCAUCUUGUUCAACCGUACCACCAGCCCUGCGGCGUGUGCAGUCAUUCUCUGCGUGGUGGGAUUCGGAGUCGGCAAUGUUUUUCAGCCCACCCUUGUCGCCCUACAAGCACAUUCCCCCAAGGCCCGACGGGCUGUCAUCGUAUCUAAUCGCAACUUCUUCCGCUGUUGCGGAGGUGCCUGCGGCCUGGCCGUCGCGGCGGCCGUGCUUCAAGCCAGUUUGAGAGCCAGCCUGCCCGCGCGGUUCCAGUAUCUGGCCGAGUCCACGUAUGCUAGACCGAAUCUUGGUUCCGCAGACAUGGCCGUUGUCCUAGACGCUUACAUGAAAGCAAUGCGAAACGUCUUCAUCAUCCAGGUGCCCUUGAUCGGCCUCUGUCUACUCGGCUGUCUUCUGAUCACGGACCAAGGUUUGGAGCGACCGGAUGAAAGGCCAGUUCAGGCGGUCCAGGAAGACGGCAUCGAGGCGAAGGCCGCAGCUUCGGACAUCCACGAUGGUCGGUCUGUCAACCCCAGGGUGGAAAUUUUCGAGCAAUCCGAAGGUGGUUGA